GGAAUAUACUAAAUAGAUGAUAUCCAAUUAAGUAAACUGCUCGUUAAAGGUAUUAGAUAUCGUUACCGAAUAUGGAGUGAGUGUUUGUUUGAAUCAAUCAGUACUUGUCAUCCUAAUAUCGCAGCAUUUUAAGUUUGUUUCGGCAUGUCGCUUAGGCCGGACCGGAGUGUAGGUAAUGUAAUAAAUCUUGCCAAUCAACUAGCAUCGUCUGUUGGGAUCAGUACACUGGAAAGCAUAUCUGAAAUCAACAUAGAUUUUUUUGAAUCUAUACUGGAAAACAUCAGUGACUUCAAAAGUGAUGCUACUUUAGACUACAAAACUCGAUGGAACUAUCUGUUGCAAUCACUUUCCAGCCUAAUAGGCAUUCCUCUUGAGUAUAUAUCCAUCAGAUAUUUACGCAGAUUCGAUCUCAAUGUUCUGCACAGUCUUCUUGAAAUAAUUGACCUAUUGACACAAAACAUUCUUGUUCAGAAAAACGCUUUUCGAACGUUAAAACAAGCACAUAAUAAAAGAACACAUCCAGAUGAAUUGUAUCGAAUUGAAACGGUUUGUGAUUCUCACUCUCAACAAAAUUCUUCACUUCACGAAUCGCAAACUUAUCUGGAAUCACAAUCAUACGAUAACAUUGAAUGUAAUUUACACAGUAUGGAUAGAACUACAGCAGGUAAUAAUACUACUAGGCUGGCUUAUCUUCGAGAACAACCUGGUAUUCUGUUUGAUGAAAAUAAUUCAAAAUCUGAUGGUGCCUCUACAUUAACCCGGUCAAACUCAUUUAAUAUUGAACAGAUAAAACGUUCUUCUCUGAACAAUUACAACUGUGGCUGCAAAAGUGUAGUUAAAUUACAUGCCAAACCUCUAGUGGAUCCAGUACAUGUCAAAACCAGUAAGCAUUCAACUAUACCCCAUCCAAUCAGUUUUACUGAAGAAAAUGAAAAUCUGUCUAAUCAGCUGUUCCAUGAAUUGUUAGAUGCAUUUCCUAAAAUAGAUUUAGAUGAACACGAAGAGCGCAUUUUGCGCAAAAAGGCAUUAAGUGUUAUGAGACAACUCUCAGGCAAUGCCUCUGCUGGUCUAUCCCCUAUUUCUAUUCCCAAAUCUGAGUCACAAAAGAUUGAAGAACGACAGAGACGUCGUCUUGCACAGUUAGUUCGUCAUGAUCGUCAAAUCGAAAAUCUCAGACAACAAAGAGCAAGUGAAACUGUCGAGAGACGUAUUCGAGAAGAAGCUAGAGAGCGAAAACUUCAACUGAUUAGAGCUCGCAAAUAUUUUGACGAAUUUGUCCGUGAAUUUCGUCUGAAAAAAAUUGCCAAGAUUAAUACUGAUGAACAGAUAUUUCGACAGUUUUUCCAACAAUUUGUUCAAAAACAAAAAGAAUAUUUUAUUGAAAUGCGAAAACUAGAACGAGAAGAAAAUCUGCAGAAAGAAGAACAACGAAGGAAAAUUAUGGAAUCUUUAGAACACGAACAUCGUAUUCGCUUAGAAUUAAUGAAUGAAAAGUUAAAUAAAGAACGAGAUGAACAAUCAAUUCGUAUGCGUGAAGCACAAAAAAUUCUAAAAGAAAAUAAACGAAAAUUGCGUUGUCAACUGGAAAUGAAUUUACGUGAAAUGCAGGCGGCAUUUCUAAACAAUAAAGACAGUGCUCAUUUUAGAGAACGAGAUGCUAAAAUGCUAUUAGCGUCAAAAAAAUAAUUUUCUAAAGUAGCAUUAAAUGAUUCUUGUAAAUUGUAAAGACAUAUCUCUGUCAACGGCUGUAUUUAAAUAUGACCCAGUACAUAACAAA